UUGGCUGCAGCGUUCUGGUUACGGGACUUGGUCGAGAUGGCGGCAUGUCGGACCAAAGCGGUCCGCUACCUGGACCCCGUGAAGCUGGGCUCGGGGCAAGCCCGUGGAGGCGUGCGGCUGCUGGGCUCUCCGGGCCGCUUGUACGUGUGGAGCCGAUCGGAGUUUGUCUCAGUGUAUCAGAGAGACAGCGGCAUGUUACAAAGUGUGUUCAAGUUACCCAGCUCUGUAUGGCACGUCGAAGUGGACAGUAGACACGAGCACUUGUUUGUGCUGUGUGCCGGCAGUGGAAUAUACAGCAUAUCAUUAAACCAUAGCCUCGUAGAAGAGACUGGAGCUGGGGAAUCAUUUCCUGCUGCUUCUCAAUCGGAAUGUAACCGUGGGAACAGCAUGCCUCGUGUCUGUGCUGUCAGGGCUGAGAGAUGCAUCAUCAGGGAUCCUGCCAUCACCUCCUUCAUUCUGUCAGAUGACAUUGUCGUAACGGUGGUGAAGGAGGAUCAGAAAUGGAGGGUGACUUUCCUCAGACUCCCACUUCCAGGCUGCGAGCUUCAGCCGUGCAGAAAAAUUGAAGACGUGGACUUUCCUUUUCAUUCCAAUUUCCCAACUUGUGAAAAAUCACCCGAAACAAUUUCCCCACCAGUGUUAUGUUGCAUUUACCCUCGGACGGUGAAGGAUUCUGAGAAGCAACUGAGGGGUGAUGCUCACAUGUCUCUCGAACCAUCUCUUUUCAGCUUGCUCUUCAGUGUGGAUGCGAACAUGCUGAACUCACCCAUCAUCCUCUGUGGGUUGCCUGAUGGGCAACUUUGUUUUGUGCCAAUCAAAUAUGUGAACUCUGAGGCCAAAUGUCAUGCAUCACGAGUAAAAGUGCUGCACCACCUCGAACAGCCAGUAGUUUUUAUUGGGGUUGUAUCAAUAAAAGAGGAUGGGAAUGAUGAUUCAGAACACCAGCCAUCAGUAGACAAACCAUUGAUUCCUGAUGGUGUUGUGGUAAUUGGGAAAGGUGGCAAAAUAGUGAUUAUCAAGGCCAGCCUUCAAAUGGAGAUAUGGUUUCCCAACUUCAUCGAGUAUCACCUUCGAGGACCCAUAACUAGUGCUUGUUGCUAUGCUAGUACCCUUUACUACAGCACUUGUUGGGAUUUCUUCAGCAUUGAGUUUGUCCAGAGGAAAAAAUCUUUUGGAGUAACUGGGCGGACAGCAGAUCAGAGGAAUAGCCAAUCAGAUGGUACUUUACCUUCUAUCCUUACACCCAUUAGUCUGAACAUCUGUGGAAUUGUUGCUGUCUCCACACCUUCACUGACAGCUAACGGUGACAUCAGCUUUGUAGCACUGACUGAGAAAGGCAAGGUGAUGAUGUGUACUUUACCUUAUAGUUCGAAUGCAGCCCAAAGUAUGAACUUCAAAGCAGCUACUGCAGGACAACGCAUUAAGGAUCUUCUCGCUGGCAUUGGCAGUGUCAAUGACAGAAUCAAGUCCUUGAAGCGUGUCAUGCAGCAAAAAGACAAAGCUUUAAAAGGGCUGAACCAGGACUUCAACAUAUGCUGUGGAUUGCUGUCCAAUCAAGAAGAUCAGGAGAAAGGAAUGGUGCCUUCUGAACAACCAAUCAGCUGCUACAUCACUGCAAAGUGGAACCGCUUACUGCUACAGGAUUCACUAGUUGUUUGCUGCAUUUUGGAGAACCUCAGCGAUUGGCCAUUGGAACACCGAUGGUCCCUUUGUGUCAGGGUUAUUAUCCAGACAUCUGCUUUGACCAAAAGCUCAGACAGCACAGCCUUUACUUACAAUUUUCCCAUCAGUGAGCUCACGCCUGGAAAGAAAAUGGAGGUUGCUGUCCCUUUGAAUUCUGCGAAUGAUGACUUUAUGGCAUUUCCUGUGUCAGUUCACUGCUUUCUCCAUUAUAACUUGAACAGUAUUUUGACAGGAAAUGCCAAUGAACGCCCCUUCCCUCACAGUUCCAUGAUUGCUGCUGGCUGUUCUGAUAAUAAUGGAAUUUGCUUGCCUGUAAACACUCAUGUGAUUGAUUUGUUAGAUUGCCUGCACAUUCGCGGAGGAGGAGCAGCUGAAACAGUGCCAGCUCUGAACAUCAACCACAAAUCUGGCACGUCAGACCCCUUGGCGAUAUUUCUGCAGUCCUUGAUGUGCUUUGAAGCUGACAACUUUAAAGGCAAUGAAACGUUUAAAGGCUCUUUCAAUGUUCCGGGUAGUGAGAGUACUUUCUCAGCUUCCAUCAAGUUGUCCUCUGAACUGGCAAAGGUUGUUCUGAAAGAUUUGGGCAAAGGAGAUGCUGCGGUGAAUGGAUCUGAUAUCCUUCAGUGGCUGUUCUCUGGCAAUCCUGAGGUGGUACCAGUAGGAACACAGCCUCUACCAAUGGUGCACUGUACUGCACCAGACGGCAGCAGUGUCCAGAUACUGUCAAAGCAGGUUGCUGUUGCCGAUUUCUCUGUUGAUGGAUCACUCAGUGUUAUGGAAAUUGUGAUGGAAUGUUCUUCGCUAACCAUGCUUUGUUUCUUGCAUCAGGCAAUUACACGGCGUGUCCAGAUGCUCUUGGAGCAGAGUUCUCCCAGCAGUGACUCACUGCCUGGCUUUCGAGUACAGAGUCUUAGACAGCUGGUACACAAUGCAGAGGCACAGAGAAGUUUGCAGUCUCCUUUGCGGAAGAGUGAUUGAUAAAUUAUUCACAAAUAUCCGGAAGACAUCCACUGGAAAUGAAUAGGCCAAGAAGCAACUUGCUCCCCUCAGUAUAUUUUAUGAUGAAAAUGUAUCCACUAUGCAAAAGUUCUGAUAUGAAAAUAUCCCCCAACAGCACUCACAUGAAGCUAAUGAACUUUUCUUUGACUGUAUGAAGUAAUUGUCUGCACUCCAGAAGUGCACCUUUAACACCUCAACUUAGGUAGUUAAAAAUGCAGCAGUUAGUUUUUAAUUUUGAUUUUUGAAAUGUUAAGGAUGUACAAUAAGCCAUGGUCCACAAAUGACAAUAAACAUCUCUCUCCAUUACUUAGAGAUAAUUAGUUAUGUACAGCUUGAAGGAGACCACUCCACAGGCAAAGUGAUGAGGCAGGGCCACCAUGAAUUAAAGCAGCCAAUGGUCUGAACCUAUAUUGUCGCAUGUACUCUGCACCACACUCUAGCUAACAAAGCCCUCUGGUAAAGGAAUUAAACUAUUGAAGAAUUACAGUACAAAAGGAUGCCACUCAAUCUUUUAUGUCCAUACCAGAAUCGCAACUAGAUACAAACCACUCACCAUCAACACACUGUGGCACCAGUGUGCACUAUAGGUACUCAUCAAGCCUCUUCUGACAGUAUCUUCCAAACCCAUGACCUCUAACACCUAUAACAGCAGCAGAUUCAUGGAAGUGCCACCUCCUUCAAAGAGCCCUCCAAGCCACUCACCAUCCAGACUUGAGUGUAUAUCACCAUUUCUUCAGUGUUGCUGGAUCAAAAUCAUGCAACUCCCUCCCUUAUGUCAUUGUGGGUACACCUACACCCAAAUGGACUGUAGUGGUUCAAGAAAGCAGCUAAAAACACCUUUGCAAGUUCAAUUAGGGAUGGACCACCCAGUGAUGCCGACAUCCCAUGCGUGAAUAAAAAUAAAAUGAUAUGGGUCUUACUGUCACUGUAUACAACUAUACAGAUGUUCACUGCAUUGGGUACAAUAAUACAGUAUCGAUUGUUCUUCAGCAAAGACACCAAAGAGUUUUUAUUGCACAGGGAUUUAAGAAUAAUCUGUUGUAUUGGUAACAGUUUAAUUGGAAUGGAAGCAGGGAAUGGAGGCUGAAAACUGGGGUCCAUAAUUUGUGGAGUGGGGGACAAUGGUGGUGGGGAGGCACAAAGAUAUCCUAGGUUCUAAUCCACUACAAAUAAAUGCAAGGUCAAAAUAAACAGAUGUUUGGCAUCCAAGGGAAUCAUUGCAUAUGAGGAGUGAGUGGAAAAAUGGAGUUAAGAUAACUGUGGUCAUACUAAAUAGCAGAGCAGACCUGAGGGGCUGAAUGUCCUCUCCAUAAUGUUUUUUGUGUCAUAUAAAAAUAAGUACAGUAUGGAUUCAUGACACAAUCAGCCAUGAUCCACUUGAAAGGCAGAACAUACAGAAUGGGUUGAAUGCCCAUCUCUUCCCUUUUCUGCCACCUCCUGCCGAAGUGACAUUUGUCUUAAAUCAGCUCAUAUUUUAUCAUUCUUGUUUUAGCGAAUGUAAAUGAUUGGUUUGUGAAGACUUGAUAUAAGAAUUAGGAUUUUAAAAAAGAAUUGGGAGUGGGGAUGAAUUUUAUUUUGACUGAGGUGAGGGACGUUUUUUGCUGAAAAGAGGUACAUUUGCUUUUGGCACCGAAUUCACUCAGUUAGAUGUAGUAAAACCUCUACACAGCAUUAGACACUGGGGAUAAUAGACAUUUGCAUUAAUCUGCCCUGCACAUGGUCCCUAAAGAUUUAUUAAUUGAAUUCCAUACAAAUGUACAAACAUGUAUACAAAUGAGGAGCAGGAUGAGACCACUUGGUCCCACAAACAUUCUCCACAAUUUAAUAAGAUGAUGGCUAGUAUAAUCAUUCCACAUUCCUCCAAUCCCUAAUAACAUUACACUCACUUGCGUAUCAAGAAUGUACCUCCACCUUAAAAGUGUUCAGAAACACCUUCCACCAACUUUUGGAGAAAAGUUCCAAAGACUCUCAGCUUUCUGUGAGAAAAAAAUCUCCUGAACUCUGCCUUAAAUAAGAAACGAUAACUCCCAGUUCUAGAUUGUCCCACAAGAGGAAACACUCUCCCAGAACCACACUGUCAAGAACCCUCCAAAUGUUAUAUGUUUCAAUCAAGUUAACUCUUACUCUUUCAAAUUACAGUGGUCACAAGCUAAGCCUGUCUAACCAUUUCUCAUACAACAACCCAUACAUACCAGGUAUUAGUCUAGCAAACCUUUUAUGAACUAAUUCCAAUGUAUUUACGUAUUUAUUUACAUUAGGGGACCAACACUGUGCAUAGGACUCUAGAUGUGGGCUCAACAAUGCUUUGUAUAACUGAAACAUGACUUCCCUACUUCUGUAUUCAAUUCUUGUUGAAAUAAACAAUCACAUUGUA